AUGACCAGGUUCGAAUACAUUCGAAACUCGGGCUACCACAUGAUGCGGUGCUUGCGCGUGCAAAAAUUGCGCAUGCACGUGUCGCAAAACAUCAACAAAUCUGCAAGAACUAUAGCACUGUUACCAUACUGCCAUACUACCUACACUUCUGAUAUAGCUNAUUUUAUAUUUUAUCAACCAUCAACAUUGUUAUACGAUAUAUUGCUGCUGCUAUUAGCAAUGCGACGGCUCCAAAUCCGGAUUCGAGAUCCGGUGAGAUUCAAAUUUUUUCGUGUUCAACGCAAGAGAUUCGAUAAAACUAAAAUUCUAAUUACGCUUUUGUUUGGUGGACCAUGGCAAAGGUUAAAUUCAAUAAGCGAGUUCAAGACACCGGUGAACGAUUUCGGUGUACUUGUCGAUUUGCGUCUGUCCGUGGAGAACUACGUUGAAAGCACCUGCAAAAUCUGUAGCUUCGUAGUUCACAAGAGAUGUCACGAGUUUGUGACCUUCGUGUGCCCCGGGGCAGAUAAGGGACCUGAUUCAGAUACUGAAGAAAGAAGGAAAGAAAGAAAGAAGGAAAGAAAGAAAGAAAACAAGAAGCGUCAAACAUCAAAGAAGUAA